CUCCAAAGUUGAUAUCAUCACACCAGAUAACCUUAACCAUGGCCUCUACACAGACGCACAAGAUCAGAUCAGCCAUCGAGGCCACUGUAAAAAGCUAUAUUACAUCUUUCAUCGAUACUCGUACCCAGAACAAUCCCUCGCUUGUAAACCGAAACCUCACGCCGGACUGCACACGCUCGAUGCUUCCCUCUACCCUAGGCGGCGGUUUCAGCAUGACAAACGACGCAUACCUUCAUGCCUUCACCGAAGGUCUAAAAGUAGGCGGCAUGCAUGAAAACACCAUCUUCGACCUGAUCAUUGAUGUUGAUACCCGGAAGGCAGCUGUUACUACUAUUGCUGAGUUGGUUUUCAAUAAUGGGGAGGAAUUAAAGUUGGAUUUCUCGUGGUUCUUGCAUUUUAAUCAAGAUGGGGAUAAGAUUUGUAAGAUUGUUGAGUUUGUGGACAGUGAGAAAUUUAAGAGUGUUAAAGGAAGGGAGGGGGAGUUGAGUGGUGAAGCGCAGAAGAAUGCGUAA